UGCUUUGCCUGGCACUGUGCUGUCAAGGAAUGAAUGUGUAAGGCUAGCUGAGUGGUAGCUUUGGCAAUGUUGUCACUAUCAGAAUGAUAUCGCAGCGGGACAGAGGAGAACUGGCUCGUUUUUAUACUGUCACAGAUCCCAAAAAGCACCUGAAAGGCUAUACUGUGUACAACGUCACCGCGAGGAUAAUCUCCAGGAAGAACCCAGAGGAUGUCCAAGAGCAGGCUGGCCAGGAUUUUAGCAAACCGGACUCGCAGCUCAACAUUAGGCCAUUAUGUUUUGCUUUAUGCCGCAGAAUAACGGUAUGGAAGAGGUACAGUGAUUUCCGGAAGCUUCAUCAGAACCUCUGGCAGUUGCAUAAGAAUGUUUGUAGCCAGUCGGAGCUGUUUCCCCCGUUUGCCAAGGCCAAAGUCUUUGGUCGUUUUGAUGACUCGGUAGUUGAGGAAAGAAGACAGUGCUCCGAGGAUCUGCUGCAGUUCUCUGCUAACAUCCCCGCUCUCUAUAGCAGCCAGCACAUCCACGAUUUCUUUAAGGGAGGCGAGGUCCACGACGGCUCCGAGCUCAUUGGACCAGCUGAGCCCUUUUCAGACUUCUUGGCAGACAGUUUAUCAGACUGCAGCUCUGACGUUCAGAGAGACAUCAGUGGUGCGGAUGAUUUGACGAUCACAUCUGAGUAUGGUGGCCCGUCCAGUGACAGCGACCUGACCUCCCUGGGUGUGGAUACCGACUCUUUGACUGGGCUGGAUGAUGGCAUGGCCUCAGGCCGCACCUCCCCAAACCAGCCACAGGGGGGUGCCACCCACAUUAGCAGCAGCUGCAGCCCCCGCUUGCCCUCCCUGUACGAUCGCCGCACCCCAUCUCCUGCCCCGGUCCCUGCCUCCUCAGCCCCUAACCCAGAGGUCAGCCGGCCAGGCCGAACGCCGCUCUUCUCCGGCCGUCUGAGGAAAGCCGGUGGUGGCCACCCAAAGGACGUGAAGUCCGACUACCUAGACAGAGCCAGUGAGCUCAUCUGUUUGGCUGUGCAGAAGGAGAAAGAGCAGGACUUUCAGGCAGCUUUCUCCUGCUAUCGCAGCGGAGUGGACCUGCUGCUGCAAGGAGUGCAAGGUGAGCCCAGUCCCACGCGGCGAGAGGCAGUGAAGAAGAAGACCGCAGAGUAUCUGAUGCGUGCAGAACAGAUAUCCAGUCAGCAUCUGAGAAGCAACAUGGGUCAAGGGUCAACGCAGACAGUGGCUUUGGGGGCACAUUGUUGCCCGUCCACCAGCAGAGGAAGCCAGCAGAGUCCUUCUGAGGAGCUGAGAGCAUACAGGGUGCUGGGAGUCAUAGAUAAGGUUCUUUUGGUCAUGGACAAGAGAACACAAGAGACGUUCAUCCUGAAAGGUCUGAGAAAGAGCAGUGACUGUGGGCGGACUAAGCGGACAGUCAUGCCUCAUUCUGUGCCCCACAUGGUGCAGCUAAGGAAGUUCAUCGUCUCCGAAGACACCGUUUUCCUUUUGCUGCAGUAUGCUGAAGGGGGGAAGCUGUGGUCUCACAUUGGAAAGUUCCUGCGUACUUCCAGCCCAGAGGACAGCUUUGACAUUCCUUUCAUCCAGAAGAGCCACACGGCGGCUGUACACUCUCCACAACACGCUGCACCACAGCUCGAUGUAGAUUCCGCCAGUUCUGGUUCUGGGCCGGUGUCUUGUCCCGCUUCUGUAUCGGAGCUCCAGAACAAAGGGGAGAAGCCGAUCGCGUCUCCUAGGAAAAGGGUUCUCCCUCCCAGGCGCAUUGAACAACUUGGGGCCCAGUCGGACUCCGGAGCCACCUCUGAGGAGGAGUGCACCAACAGUUAUUUGACACUUUGCAACGAGUAUGAACAAGACAAGGUCGAACCAGAUGCACUAGAGGAGGAGGGAGAGAAGAGCGAACAGGAAAUGCUGUCGCUGGAAGUGCCCGCCACGACGACCACCACGUCCUCGCGUAGCCGGUCACUGCUGAGCAACGACAGCCUCUCGUCACCGAUCAGCUCUCAGGAACUCGGCUUCUUCACAGAGUCGUCCGACAAAAGCGGCAGUGAGCAAUACCGCUGCGAGGGACAGGACCACGGCGAGGUGUUCAGUCCUUUGCCAUCCCCUGCUGUGCCUCUGUCCAAGCACACGCCAAUGGAGUUUUUCCGUAUCGACAGCAAAGACAGUGCCUGCGAGGUGACCUGUCUUGACUCGGGAGAGCAGCGGCCUUCUCAGAAGCCGGUCUCCCUCUUUUCCACAUCCGACCUGGGCUCGGAUGUCACUGAGGAUCUUCCAGAGCUGGCUCAGGAGGUCAAGGGCCACAGCUCAGAGCUCUGGGGGUUGGACUGUAGUGAUAAAGGCUCCAACGAGUCCGUGCCAGUCAUCUCGUUCAAAGAGGCAGUAGUGGAGGAUGAGGGUCACCCGCCAGACCUUUUGGUCAACCUGCCUGUAACGGGCGGGACUGUCGACUCUUUACAGGAGGAAUUGGACACCUCGGGGGUGUGUCUCGGCCUCGAGGCCACAGCCUCGCCGCAGAAGUUCAUCCAGCCUGAUGUUUUACAGCUUCACAGCCAGCCGGAGGAAGGGGAGGAGCAGCCACUGGAGCAGGAGCCUUCAUCUCUAUGUACAGCCUCUGCGACUUGUGACACUAGUGCUGCGUCUUCCUCUCCCUUCAACUCGUUGUGGGAUGACUGCAGCUCGGCGUUUGGGUCAGAGGCCUCUGACAAAAUGGUUGUUCACCCUACAUGCCAAAAUAAUUACCUUGACCUUCCAGUUACUGACAUUCUAAACGGGAAACUCGAGGCCGGUACAAGAGUAAAUACAGACUUGGUUCCUCACCACAGCGGCAAAAGCACAGACUCUAUCCCAGCCGCGAAUGGCACCGAGGCUCGCGCAGUGGUCCAGAGUUUAUUCGGUCUUGAUGGCGAAUCAUCAAGAGUUAUUAGUGAUACAGGUGGCUGUGAAUUUGAUAAAGAAGUAUCGCGGCUGUUCGCCGAGCUGGACGAGCUGUCGUUGGCUGCGUCCCAAGCUCGUAUCCCGGAGGAGUUUGUGCGAUGCUGGGCCGUCGAGAUGGUGUCAGCCCUGGACCUUCUGCACCAACACGGCAUCCUUUGUCGAGACCUCAACCCCAAAAACAUCCUGCUCGACCACCAAGGUCACAUUCAGCUCACCUACUUCUGUAGCUGGAACGAUGUGGAGGAGUCCUGCGACAAAGAGGCCAUUGCCAAUAUGUACUGUGCACCAGAGGUGGGAGGAAUCGGUGAGGAGACCUCGGCAUGCGAUUGGUGGAGUUUGGGCGCCGUCCUGUACGAGCUGCUGACAGGCAUGUCUCUGCUGCGGUGCCAUCCAGCAGGAGUCGGUCGCCACACUGCUCUCAACACCCCCGAGUCUGUUUCAGAGGAGGCCAGGUCUCUACUGGAGCAGCUGCUCCAGUACAACCCAGUGGAGAGACUGGGGGCAGGUGUGGGAGGCGUGGAUGAUAUCAAAUCCCACCCUUUCUUUGCCAGAGUGGACUGGCCCAAGUAGACGCUGUGCAUUGUGGGACUGCGGAAACCAGAGCUGCAUGCUGGGAGACCGGCUGUCCUGAAUGAAUUCCUUUCAGACUGGAAACACAAAUGGACAGUAAAUUCAGAUUAUGCAUUUCUGCACGCAUCUCACAUUUUAUGUAUGGCCAUUCGGUCCCCAUGUUGUUUUUUUUUUAUACGGAAUUUGCCAAGAAGCAGUAUUACUUUCCCUGUAAAUUGCUAAUUUCUUUAUCUCAUGGAGGGUUUACUGUGUAACCUUUUUGGUGCAGGGAACACUUAACAACAUGUGUGGUGCAAUAAUUUAUACAAUAAGUGCUGGUACAGAGUGAUGAUCCACUACGACAUUGUUGCUUUUACACUCGUACAGUAGCGGUAAGUCAAAAUGACAUAAGUGAAAGGUGACAUUUUUUGUGUUUACACUGCAUUUAUUCAGUUGUUUAGGUUCACCAUUCAAAUUCACAGACUUAACGCUGCAAACAUUUCUAUUCAGAGCAGUAUUAGAGCAGCAAACAACUAUUAUCUAUUAAAGAUAAGGUGGAGUAAUGUCUGCCUGAGCAGAGAAUGGAGUCGCUCUCCCUCUGUGUGUGUCGUAAUCAAGAGUUUCUCCGCUCUUUGUUGACACAGCCGGGCCGGCUGCACGUGCAUGUUAGCGCAUGUGAGAGUGCCCCGAUGGCUAGUUCAUGGCCGCCGCUCUGCACUGCGCUCAUACGGUAGUUACAUAACACUGUCCCGACCAAUUGCAUCAUCGCGGAAGCGUAGCACCCACCCUUUGGUUCCACCCUCAGGUAAACACUGUUUGCGCUGUUAGCACUGUUAGCUUCUAGCACUGUUAGCUGCUAGCCGGCUCGGCCUUCGCCUUGUUGAGAGGCACUGGAAAUGCUCCCAAUCUCGUACGUUGUACCUUUCAGUCAGCUUUCCUAAAAACACAAGUGCAAUACGCUCAGUUUGUUGCCGCCUAUAACCUAUUCAUUACUCCAUUCUGAGCCCAUUGAGAUUAGGUGUGGUCGGGACAGGUUGGACACUACAAGAUGGAUAAACACAAUAUUUUCAGGUAGGAGAUGGUUUUGUUGUUGAGUGAAGUAUUUAGUUAAAAGAAGAUUAAAUUAUUUAAUAGAUUUUAGCUGGCAAAAGUGUCCGUCUAACGCCCUCUCCCUCCGUAGACAGGCCCGUGAGGUCAGUGAGAAAUGAUGAAGGAUGAGGCGUGAACCACACAUUUCAAACCAGCCCUUUUACAAAUUGUAGUUUUUAUGAAUGACGGAGGAAACUCUGUUACUGUUCACUACUUUUUUUUUUUUUUUGCAUGGAAGAAUAUAAUUGUCGUAAUACAUGUCGUGCUAUGAAAGUUCUAUCAAACAAUAAAUUAUGUGCGUCUUGUAAAUACACCUUUUUAAAGGAUGUUGUGCUGAGUGAAAGGUACACCCAGGUCUCAAAGCCUUGAUCAUGUCCAACGUGUCAAUCACUUACUGCCUCAUCAAUCAAAUCCUUUUUAUUUGAUUAGGUGUUUUAUUUAAAUUUUCCGACUUGCAACACGGAUCUUAAUGCUGAUUUUGUAAUAUCUACAAUGACAUACAUUAUAUGGUAAACAUUCCCAUGGUUACAUUACAUGCAAUAUAUCACUUCCUGUAUGAUCAAAGAAGACUUUUGAGAUUUAUUGGAGCAUAUAAUCAAAUGCCUCAUGAUACAUUUCUUUUAACAAUACACAGUUAAUCACUCCACUGUAGAUGCUGCACUGCAUAGUGUAAAUUUCCAGGGCCAUAUUCCACAUGUUAACCCUUUAAUCACACUUCAGUUUUCCUUUUCUCAGUCUGUGUUGUAUGUCGGUACUGGUCUGUCAGUGCACUCUUGAUAACAAUAAACAUACCUGGAUGACAA